AUGCUGCUCGUUCGCUUCGUCUGCACUGGUAUUCGCAGUACAAUGAAUAGGUAUUUUCAAAUCGAUUGGAAUGUUCUAUUCGGUAUGAACCCGCCACCAGUUCAAAUUCACCUGAUACAGGUUUACCUCACCUUGUUUUGUACUCUGAUGAGUUCGGCUUCUGGAGCCUACUUGCAUCUGCUUUGGAACAUUGGGGGCUUAUUAACACUUCUUGCAUGUAUCGGAACUGGAAUGUGUUUAAUCUUAGCACAACUAUGGAAUGAGUGGAAAGGGGUCCCUCUCUUGCUUGUUACUGCAUUUUGUCAAGGGGCUUCAAUUGGUCCUUUGUUUGGCUUGGUCUUCAAGACUGAUCCAGGGAUUAUUUUCACUGCUUAUGUGGCGAUUGCUGUGGCUUUUGGUUGUUUCUCUGUGGCGGCCAUGCUGAGUCACAGGAGGGGCUACAUCUACUUGGGAGGCCUGCUUUCCUCUAGCCACAUAAUCCCAAUUUGGUUGGAGUUUGCUUCGACCGUCUUUGGCGACUAUCCAAUAUUUUGGAAGUGUGUGCUGAAGAAAGGAGCUGAGAAUGAUAAGGAGUAG